AUGACCGUUAAGGCGGGUUUUCUGUACGGAGUCUCCCUCGCUCUGUUCCUGAGCAGCGGAGUCUCCGCUGGUAGCAUGCAUCAUGACGAGACGAUUGAGAGUCACCGUGCCAAGAACGAAUCAGUAUAUAUAACCAAGCAAUAUGGCUUGAUGGUCUUUCUCGCUCAGCAACCAGCUCUUCUCCUCUCAACCAUGUUCUUCAAGACGCUGCUCACUUCGGCCGUGGCCUUUGGCACUGCUUUUGCCCAGAGCAAGGCUGGCGUUGAAGACCUUGACAAACCCCGCAGAGACCUCUUCGAGAAGGAUCUCUCCAAAUGUCCCGGCUACAAAGCUACCAACCACCGGGAGACCAAAUCAGGUUUCUACGCUGAUUUGUCUCUUGCGGGACAGGCCUGCGACGUCUUCGGUGUUGAUCUCCCUGAGCUGAAGCUUGAGGUUGAGUAUCAAACUGAGGACCGUUUGCAUGUCAAGAUCUUGGAUACGAAUAACACCGUCUACCAAGUCCCUGAUGAUAUCUUCCCUCGUCCUGGUUAUGGACAGUGGGCUUCACCUAAGAACUCGAAGCUCAAAUUUGACUUCAAAGCGGAUCCUUUUUCGUUCACUGUGACGAGGAAGGAUUCUGGAGAAGUUCUUUUUGACACUUCGGGCAGCAAGCUUGUUUUUGAGAGUCAGUACUUGUACCUCAAGACCAAGCUUCCGGAGAGGCCUUAUCUCUACGGCCUGGGUGAGCAUAGUGAUCCUUUCAUGCUCAAUGCCACCAACUACACCCGCACAAUCUACACUCGCGAUGCUUAUGGCUGCCCCAACGGCCAGAACCUGUAUGGAGCUCACCCCAUUUACUUUGACCACCGCAAGGGCGGCACCCACGGUGUCUUCCUCCUCAACUCUAACGGCAUGGAUGUCUUCAUCGACAAGAAGAACGGCAAGCAAUUCCUAGAGUAUAACAUCAUCGGCGGUGUUCUCGACUUCUACUUCAUCGCUGGUCCUACACCCCGCGACGUCGCCAAGCAGUACGCUGAGAUCACUACCCUUCCUCUCAUGACGCCAUACUGGGGUCUUGGUUUCCAUCAGUGCAGAUAUGGAUACCGAGACGUCUACGAAGUCGCUGGUGUUGUGGCCAAUUAUUCAGCUGCUAAGAUCCCGCUCGAGACGAUGUGGACUGACAUUGACUACAUGGACCGUCGUCGCAUCUUCACCAUUGACCCUGAGAGAUUUCCUGCCGAUAAGUACAAGGAUCUCGUUGACACGAUCCACGCUCGUGAUCAACACUACAUCGUCAUGGUUGACCCAGCUGUGUACGACAUGGAGCCCAACCCAGCUCUCACCAGCGGUCUUCAGUACGAUACCUUCAUGAAGGAGCCUAAUGGCUCAGACUACAGAGGUGUUGUCUGGGCUGGACCUAGUGUCUUCCCUGAUUGGUUCAACCCGAACUCUCAGCAGUACUGGAACGAACUCUUCCAGAACUUCUUCGACGGCGAGCAUGGCCCUAACAUUGAUGCUCUCUGGAUCGACAUGAACGAGCCCGCCAACUUCUUCAACCGUCCUUAUCCCGGUAACAACACCACUCCCGAGAACUUCGCCGAGGUCGACGGCGACCCUCCCAAGGCCCCUCCCGUUCGAGACGGUCCUCCCGCUCGCAUCCCUGGAUUCCCCGAGAGUCUCCAGCCUCCCUCUCUCCGCUCCACCAAGCGCGAAGUCACAGCCGUCGCCAAGACCACCAAGCGCUCCGUCGAGGUCCGCACUACUCCUCGUGGCCGCGGUGUUGGUCGCUGGGCAGCUACCCGCAAGGUCUGGGGCCAGAACAAGUACGGACGUCCCGGCCACGGCUGGCAAAAUGGCAAGAAGACUGGUUCUGGCUGCGGCCCUGACGAGUGCAAGGGUCUUCCCAACCGAGAGCUCAUCCAGCCUCCUUACAUGAUCCAGAACGGCGCUGGACCUACACUUGCUGACAGUACCACCGAUACUGAUCUCGUUCAGAGCGGAGAUUACGUUCAGUAUGAUACCCAUAACUUGUAUGGUGCUCAGAUGUCCUCUCACUCUCACAACGCUAUGCGCUCGCGACGACCUGAUAAGCGUGCUCUUGUCAUCACACGAAGCACCUUUGCUGGUUCUGGCAAGGAUGUUUCGCACUGGCUUGGCGAUAACCUUUCUCAGUGGGAUCAGUACCGUUUCUCCAUCUCUCAGAUCCUGCAAUUUGCUUCUAUCUAUCAGAUCCCCGUUGUCGGUGCUGAUGUUUGUGGAUUUGGUGGUAAUGUCACUGAGACCCUUUGCGCACGAUGGGCUACCCUUGGUAGUUUCUACACUUUCUUCCGUAACCACGCCGAUAUUACUUCUCAGUCUCAGGAGUUUUACCGCUGGCCCAAGGUUACUGAGGCUGCUCGCAAUGGUAUCUCCAUCCGAUACCAGCUCCUUGACUACAUCUACACUGCCAUCUACAAGCAGAACCAGACCGGCUCUCCUACUCUCAACCCCAUGUUCUUCAACUACCCCAAGGACAAGAACACCUACUCCAUUGACCUCCAGUUCUUCUAUGGUGAUGGUAUCCUCGUCAGCCCUGUUACCAAGGAGAACAGCACCAAGCUCGAGUACUACCUCCCUGACGACAUCUUCUACGAGUGGUCCACCGGAAAGCCCGUCCGCGGUAAGGCUCAGUACGAGUCUGCCGAAGUCGACGUCACCGACAUCAUGGUCCACUACAAGGGCGGCCUGAUCUACCCCCAGCGCGUCGAGAGCGCCAACACAACCAAGGCUCUCCGCCAAAAGGGCUUCAACCUAGUGAUUGCACCCGGUCUCGAUGGAAAGGCCGAGGGCUCCCUGUAUCUUGAUGACGGAGAAUCUGUUGUUCAGGACACGGCUUCUGAGAUCGACUUCAAGUACAGCAAGGGCAAGCUGAGCUUUGAUGGAACCUUUGAGUAUGAUGCUGGUGUCGGUAUUGAGACUAUUACAGUUUUGGGUGUCAAGUCUAAGCCUCAUGGUACGGAGCAUGCUGAGUACGAUGCCGAGAACAAGAAGCUUGUUUUUACUGCGGAUAUUCCGUUGACGCGCAAGUGUCGCGUUGACUUGUUCUGA